CAAAUCGUGACCGCGUCCGCACAACAUCUCGCGCAAAACUCAGUUCGCGGUCUCAGUUGGUGCUGCUACCUAAUCGGUGACGGUCAGCUGGAACGCAGAGGAUCGAAAAAAAGGUUUUAUAGCAAAGUGUUGUAAGAAACGUGUCAACUUCGAAGCAACUAAAGUGACCAGUCCCCAAAAGUGAUCCGCGUGGUAAUUAAUGAUACUGCAUGAUACUGUAUCGAAAAGUAAAGUGCAAAUGCUGAAACAUUUAGAGAAACAUAAAUGAACUCGCGCUUGACGACAGUGAUAUCUCUUUCAACGAGGAAGGACCGCUCCAUCGAUCGACGAGCACGUGGCCGGGUUACAUCCCGGCGUACCGGGGCGGGAAAUGAGAAAACGCAAACGCAUCAAACGCUAGCCAGUCGUCCGGUUGGAAGAUGAGUGUCCACGACCGUGCACCAGCAAAAGUGUUAAUCAUGCCCGAGCCCCGGAUGUGACGUGUGUGUGACGUAGCGUGUGCGUUUGCGUGCCCGCGAUUAGAUGUGGUAGUGUUACUCUUCGCCGGCAUUAGGAAAGGAUAAACGGGAAGUGUUCAAAGUAAAGUGACUUGUGCCCAGUGGUAUAGGCGAGGUGGCAGAAGGGUGUAGUUUGUAGUGGUGGUCCAGCACACGCGGGAAAGGGACCCGCCGAAAGUGCGAAACCAACACCGUGACGUCACAAAGAAUCGGAAACCACCGGAAAAACCACAAUCCUUAGGUGUCUUGGGGUGAAUCUAGCUCGGUUAUUGUUUUUGGUGAUAUAUAAGGAGUGGCCCGGUUUGACGGUUGUGGUCGUGGUCUGCUUGGAAGAAACCAGCGGCAGUGAAUAUCAUUUCUCCCCAAGGGAAGCUUCUACUUUGGCAGGGAAUCCCGUACUGUGGAGUGCUUUCAAUUCCAUUAGUGUGCUGCGGUGGACCAUAGCCAUAGCAACCGAGUGCGGCUUGGUUGUUUUGGUGGACGGCUGCAGGACGACGACUGGCAGGAUGAACCUGAUGGACUCGGAGAACCGGGUCGUCCUGAACGUCGGUGGCAUACGGCACGAGACGUACAAGGCGACACUGAAGAAGAUCCCGGCCACGAGGCUCUCGAGACUGACGGAGGCGCUGGCCAACUACGAUCCCAUCCUGAACGAGUACUUCUUCGACCGGCACCCGGGUGUGUUCGCCCAGGUACUCAACUACUACCGCACCGGCAAACUGCACUAUCCGACCGACGUCUGUGGUCCGCUGUUCGAGGAGGAGCUCGAGUUUUGGGGUCUCGACUCCAACCAGGUGGAACCGUGCUGCUGGAUGACGUACACACAGCAUCGCGAUACGCAGGAAACGCUCGCCGUGCUGGAGCGGCUCGAUCUCGACACGGAGAAACCGACCGAGGAGGAGCUGGCCCGGAAGUUCGGUUACGAGGACGAUUAUCUGAAGGGUACGGUUUCCUGGUGGCAGCACACGAAACCACAAAUUUGGUCACUGUUCGACGAACCGUACAGCUCCAACGCUGCCAAGAUUAUCGGUGUGAUAUCAGUGUUCUUCAUCUGUGUGUCCAUUUUGUCGUUUUGCCUGAAAACACACCCGGAUAUGCGAGUGCCGGUCAUCCGGAAUAUCACCGUCAAGACGGCCAACGGUAGCGCGGCCUGGGUACUGGACAAAACACAAACGAAUGCCCACGUGGCGUUCUUCUACAUCGAGUGUGUGUGUAAUGCAUGGUUUACGUUCGAGAUUUUGGUACGCUUCAUUUCCUCGCCCAACAAGUGCGAGUUCGUGACAUCAUCUGUAAAUAUCAUCGACUACAUCGCGACGCUUAGCUUCUACGUGGAUCUGGUGCUGCAGCGGUUCGCGUCCCAUCUCGAGAAUGCCGACAUCCUGGAGUUUUUCUCCAUCAUCCGUAUUAUGCGGCUGUUCAAGCUGACGCGCCACUCGUCCGGUCUGAAGAUCCUGAUACAGACGUUUCGGGCCUCGGCCAAAGAGUUGACGCUGCUGGUGUUCUUUCUCGUGCUCGGUAUCGUCAUCUUCGCCAGUCUCGUGUACUACGCCGAGCGGAUACAGGCGAAUCCGCACAACGACUUCAACAGCAUUCCGCUCGGGCUGUGGUGGGCCCUGGUUACGAUGACCACGGUGGGGUACGGAGAUAUGGCACCGAAGACCUACAUUGGUAUGUUCGUUGGUGCACUGUGUGCGUUGGCCGGUGUAUUGACGAUCGCCCUGCCCGUACCGGUUAUCGUCAGCAACUUUGCGAUGUACUACUCGCAUACCCAGGCUCGGGCCAAGUUGCCCAAGAAGCGACGGCGAGUUCUGCCCGUGGAGCAGCUUCGACAACCACGUACUGCGGGUCAGGGCGGUGGAAUGGGCAUGCCCGGUUCCGGUCCGAUGGCUCGCCGGAUGAACCAGGUGAAGACGAAGGAUCUGGGGCCAAAGAUCGGUCCGAUCGGUGCCAGUAUAGUGGCCAUGUGUCCGAAGAACGUAGGUCUGCACACGAAUCCGGCCCUGGCCAUGUGCAAACCGACAUUCGAGAUCCGGCCACCGACGAUCACGCCGGCGAUGCUUGUACCACGCGAUGCUGGCUAUAGGCCGGCGAUGCUCACCAUGACGACGACCAGCAGCAAUGUGACGCUCAGCGGUGCUGCGACCAUCACCACGACACCGGCGACAGGCGGCAUCACCAUUACCCCCAACAACAACGGCUCGACGGUGGCCAACAGCAAUGCCAAAACGGUGGUCAGCAACAGCAAGAGCACGCACAGCAUCGUGAAGAGCGCCAGCGGACAGCUCGGCACGGGUGGUGUUGGUGUGAUGGUCAAGAGCAACGGUACGGCCAAGGAGCAGCAGCACAAGGACGAGAAAAGUUAUCUUUGAGCUCUGCUGGUCUGCUGCACCCCAACUGUACAUAGGUAUACCGUAGGUUAGGUCUAAGUAUCUGUGUGUAUGUGUGUGUCUGUUUCCGUGUGUAAUAUUUGUAUAAAAGCCGUAGCCGGAUCGAGUUAACUUUCAUCACGGUAGGUGGAUUAGCGUAACGGCAGUCAUUAGGUCAUUUCACCUUUCGCUGUGAAAUCAAUGCGACCGACUCAACUCUCAAUUAUACGCCUUUACGCUUUGCGCCAAAACGAUACAACAAACCCACUUUUUUAACAAACCAAAUCCACACAAUUACCGUUUAAGGAUUCAGCCGCAUUAGCGCAAGUGUAGCAGUAAGUGAUAGAUACAGCUAUAUAUAUAUAUAGAUAAUGAAUAUAUAUUUUUCAAACACUCAGCUCUUUACAGCUCCUACUUUACUAUUAGCUCUCUCUCUCUCACACUCUCUAUUUCUCGAGUAGUUCAUUGUGCAGCCGAUACGGCGUUUGCGUUGACUGCUGGUAACGGCAAGGUGGACGUGGCCUUUGCUGCCUCAGUCACCAGUUAUCUUACGCACGCUCCAAAGGUUUCUCCAAAAACGAAUUAAUGUUAGGAUGCUCUGCCCUGGGCACUGCAAAGGCCCUCUAUCUGCUAUCAAAAUAUUGAAAAACCAAUGAAAACUUAUAGAACAUAGCACAACACGCUUCACCGCCGGGGAUGGUCGCUGUUAAUAAUUUCGUGUAAAAAUUAAAAACCCUGCUUUCAACCCUAAAUUAUGUACAUCUUCAAAUUUUCCUACCAAAACAAUCGACCAUCAUCCCCAAUACUGAGCACGGUUUUCGAUCACCCUGUACCGCACCGAUCCUGUUUGGUGAGGAAACUCAAAAUAAUUGCCGAAAACAAAACAAGUCUCAAACAAAUAAAUGAUUCAUAAGCAUUAAAUGUGAUACAAGUAGCGUUUAAAGUAAAGCAAGAGCAAAACCGAUGUAACCGGAUGUAAUUAGACAAAUGAGACGGACGGGGGGAACGAGCAGAAGCGUAUGUAAAUGCUGGCAGCACCGGUGGCAUACACUACCAUGAUAAGCACUUGUCUUUGGAAUGGUGCCCCGGUGGCAGAAAUAUAAUAUAUUUCAAAAUGAAAAACAUUAAAAGCAAGUAAAUCAGUCGAAUCUAUUGCAACAAGCAAGACGGUUAAUGUAAAAUCAAUACUCUUAACUGUUGGGCAAAAAGUGCACCAGCAACUACCAACACUUCUUUCAGCUAGCUAAGAAUUACUAUAAUGAAAGUGCAUAAGAAGCCGAAAGUCACAGCGCAGCGAAAGGCUAAGACGCAAAUAUGACAUAGAAGCCAAAAAGAGGGAUCAACAGAUCUUGUUACGAAUUAUGCAACAAGUGUAAAACACUCUGCGAAACAUGCAAUGUUUGAAUGCUAUUACCUUACAAUUAUGGAAAGAGAAACAAAUAGUUAAAUCGCAAAGAAACAAGCGAACGAGAGACGCGCCAUCGAAGGCUAUUAAUGUGCGCUUAUGUUGUUCCUUAUUCAAUCUAUUCUUUCUGGCUCCUUUACUGCUCACCUUCUUUUCACACCUGUUUUGUGCACAUGGUGUAAACAAUAUAAAGUAAAUAAAUGAAAGAAUAUUUUAUUGUUUUUUUAAAAAGCAAAGCGGCCAACUGCUUUUACAUUCUACACACACACA